GUACAACGACUACUUGGUUCUUGUUGGAUAUCGCCUUUUACAGCCAAAACCUAACGCAAAAGGACAUUUUCCCAGUAAUGGGUUUGACACAAAAGGAUGUUGAGGUUAACGCUCUGCGAGAAAUGUUCGAGACCUCACGAGCCAUGUUUGUGAUUGCGUUCUUCGGCACUUUCCCUGGUUACUGGUUCACCGUCUUCUUCAUCGAGAAACUCGGGAGGUUCAAGAUCCAACUUGUAGGGUUCUUCAUGAUGUCUUUCUUCAUGUUGAUCAUAGGCAUCAAAUAUGACUACCUCAAGGCCCACAAGUACAUGUUUGCAACCUUGUAUGGUCUCACCUUUUUCUUCGCCAACUUUGGCCCAAACAGCACCACUUUUGUUCUUCCAGCUGAGUUGUUCCCUACCAGGGUCAGAUCCACGUGUCACGCGUUGAGUGCGGCGGCUGGAAAGGCCGGUGCCAUGGUGGGUGCGUUUGGGGUGCAGAACUAUACUUUGGGUAAAGGAACGAAGGAUAUCCAGAAGGCUAUGUUCUUCUUGGCUUUUACGAACAUGCUAGGGUUUUGUUUCACGUUCUUGGUCACUGAGACUAAAGGCAGGUCGUUGGAGGAGAUCUCUGGUGAGGAUGGCGGUGGCGAAACAACUGGAACACAGAUGACUGGUACCAAUUCAUCAUCAGUAACGAGGUAG